AUGGGGAAAAUACGUACUGCUUCCUCAAAAACGUUCGAUACCUCAGACACAGAUUCGAGCAUAUCAUAUGAAAUUACUGAAGAUGAAACAAGCGUCAGCACUCCAACGUGUUCGCCAUCUUUCAUGGAUCCAAUUGAGGCUGUCACGAAAAAACCAGAUAAUGUGCUAGAAAAGUUUGUAGAAAUUGGCGGAAGACGUUAUUUUAACGAUGACAGCGUUAAAUGUUUUCUGCCCGUUGACCAAGAAGAAAUAAAAAGGGCGCAUGAGCAAACUUGCAUAGACAAUACUAUAUGGAAUGGUAGCUACUCUGCUCCCAUUUCCGAGAAUCUAUCAUUAGGAGCAAGUGUUCUUGAUGUUGGUUGUGGCGCAGGAUCAUGGAUGAUAAAUACGGCGUUGGACUACCCUAAAUCAGUAUUUGUAGGUGUAGAUAUCAUUCCUAUAUUCUCCGAAGAUCGACCACCAAAUACGGUAUUUCUAAAGUGCAAUGUUCUGGACGGUUUACCAUUUCCGGACAACACAUUUGAUUUUGUUCGGCAAACAUAUCUUAUAAUCAGUAUGGAUUGGCAAUCAUGGAAAGAGAAAGUGGUGAAAGAAUUGAUAAGAGUAACUAAGCCCGGAGGUUACAUCGAAAUUAUGGAUGUAGACGGUGAAAGUACAAAUCCCGGAAUAAUGUGCCGAAAGAUUGAAUAUUAUUUAUACGAACAUAUGCGUAAAGCCGGAAUUAACCCAAGGUCAGGUCAAGACGUAAUAAAAGUAUUUAAUGAGUUCGACGAUAAAGUGAUUGUAGCACCCAUAGAAGAGAGAACAUAUCAUUUGGGGAAGAAAGCAGGCGAAAUAGGCAAAGCGACAUUGAAAUGUAUAGCGGAUGCUUAUAGAACAAUGAAAAUUAUUUUCACUCACAUUAUGGAAAUUACAGAAGAAGAAUUUGAACAGCUCUUAAUUGAUUUUGAAAAGGAAUGUAAUGAAGUCACGCUCUGCAAAACACGAUAUCGUGCCAUUAUUAAAAAGCGUUGA